AUGGCGGUGGCGGAUUUACUGGUCAUCAUCUCUGAUGUCAUCCUGCAUCGGAUCAGCUAUUUUGCUUUUCCAUCAUCUUUCCUCAACAUCACUCCAGUGUGUAGCGUUCUCUUCGUCCUGGCACGUACCACUACAGACUAUUCUGUGUGGUUCACCGUCAUGUUUUCCUUGGAUCGAUUUAUAGCCAUUUGCUGUCAGAAGCUGAAAACAAAGUAUUGCAAUGCGCAAAAUGGAGCUGUCAUUCUAGCAACAACCUCCACCCUGCUGUUUUUAAAAAAUAUCCCCAACUACUUUGUACUUGAAGGAGGAGAUAUAAUCGAUAAUAUACCAUGGGGUUGUUACUUAAAUCCAAAAUGUUUUACUGAUCCAGGAUGGGUACGGUUUGAUUGGUUUGAUGCAGUUUUAAACCCUUUGCUGCCAUUUGUUUUAAUUAUGUUAUUGAACGCCUUGACAGUCAGACACAUUUUAGUGACCAGUCGAAUCCGCAGGGAACUGAUAGGUCAGAAAACAGGUGGUAUUCGCAGUGACCCAGAGAUGGAAAGCAGGAGGAAGUCUGUGGUCUUACUUUUAACUAUAUCUGCUAGCUUCGUAUUCCUGUGGUUGGUCACCGUUAUUCAUUUCAUUUAUGAUAAACUUAGUAGAACAAGUACUGAUAGGUACAAGAAUGCAGAAUAUAUGAUUCAACAAAUUGGCUUCAUGUUGCAAAAUCUGAGUUGUUGCACGAACACAUUUAUUUAUGGCGUGACACAAUCGAAGUUCAGAGAGCAGGUCAAGAGUGCAGUGAAAUACCCAUUUAUGUCAAUUUUCCAAUUGCUUCGUAGUCAAAUCAACUGA